AUGAUUCCCGUUGUCCUUUCGCUCGGUCUUGAUCCUAAGCAGGCUACGGCCACUACCUCAAUAGUCAUUUUCGCUACAAGCACCAGUACGGCUCUGUCAUUUGCAUUGGGUGGUUACUUCCCUCCUGCCUCGGACUUGUGGAUCGUUGUCAUGCCUUUUAUUGGAGCUCUUCUGGGCAAGACCAUAGUGGCAAGGCUCAUAGCAAAGACAGGGCGUAUGAGUAUGCUUGUUUUACUGCUUGGUACCGUGGUGAUUAUAGGCGGGAUAACCACUAUUUCUACUGGUAUCGUCUCUGUAGUUAAGGGUGCCCUCAACGGAGAAGAGGUUGUGCAGUUUGGUAGCUUCUGUUAA